UAUAAAGAGAAUAUAAGAACAUGUUCCUUGUUUGUAUUUCUUUAUCCUUUUCUUUUUCAGUGACAAAAACAAAAAUGCAACGAAAAAAUCAAGAUGAAACCCAUUCAAUGCUGGUAUCAUUGGAUUCUACUUCAUCUUCAUCAGCAAGUGCCUCAUCAGCGGUAUCAGAAUCAGUGACAGAUGACAAAGAACACUGGCAGGAACGUUGGCCAGGGCAUCUUGUUCGAGCUACUUUGCCUACUCUUCCACCUGUACAUUCCCAUUUGCAAUAUAGUCCUUAUCCGCUUAGAAUGCAUAGGCCUCGAUUGACAGCAACAUUGUGGGAGGAUGAGAGCACGCUAUGUUACCAGGUCGACACUCGAGGGAUUUGUGUAGCUCGUCGUCAAGACAACAACAUGAUUAAUGGUACCAAAUUAUUGAAUGUGGCUGGUAUGUCUCGUGGUAAACGAGAUGGCAUAUUAAAGAACGAAAGAGGGAGAGUAGUUGUCAAGGUAGGAGCAAUGCAUUUAAAAGGUGUCUGGAUCCCUUUUGCUCGAGCAAAGACACUGGCUACUCAAUUCAACAUCCUGGAUGCUCUUUAUCCUAUCUUUGCAGAUGAUCCAGUCUCUUUUCUUUACCCUUCUCAUUUUUAUCAAUUACAUAAUGGCCCGGCUAUAAACCCAUAUCAACGUGGUCAAACCGAGAGUUCUGCCGAAGGUAAAAAAGAUUUUUUUGCAUCAUUCACUCUUAUUUGACAUUGAAUUAGUCAAUAACUCAAUUUCCCCUGUUAAACAAUAUCCUGGUGAGUUUUGGUGAUUGCUUUAUAUGUGUCUGUUUAUGUUUGUUUGUGUAAAGGACGAUGUGAUAAAUUAGCUGUAAAGAUAAAUCAUUGUAUU